GGAGUGACCAGGAACUGUGUAUGUGGUUGUUAUAAGAGCAGAGUGGCAGCUCCUCAGCAGCGUCUGACCACACCACACACUGACCUGGCGUAAAGGUGGUCUGCACACUUAUACAUCAUUGACUUGAUGUGAAGACAGGACCGGUCAUGAGGAACCAGGGCUGCCAAGAGCUCACACUCUCCUCCCUGCUCAUUGCUGCACUUUGCUUGGAGGCUGUUCUCAUGGACUUUACUGUUUACAUUCCACCUGAGAGGAUGACCUGGACAGAGGCGAGACUGUACUGCCAGAGGAACCACACUGACCUCGUCACCGGGAACAUAGUGGAAACAGACUUGCUGGCUAAUUGGUUGGAGACAGUCGAUGUCAAGAAGUUGUGGAUCGGCCUACAUAGAGAUCCUGAGAAAGACUCAGCCUGGAAGUGGAUAAAUGUCAAAACUGGAGAAGGGGUUUCAGGACACGACCUCUCACAGAGCGGGAACUGGGCCGGUGAAAAGCAGAGCAGUCAGUGUGCAGCUGUAGAAGAUGAUCUACUGUGGUAUAGUGUUAACUGUUCAAACGAAUAUAAUGUGUACUGCUCAGCAGGGGACAAAAUACUUCAUCACAACGUUGUCCUCAGCUGGUACAAAGCUAUUCAGUACUGUCAGAAUAAUAUGAGUGACCUCGCAACCAUCACCAACACAAACAAAGAUUAUUUAAAAUCCAGUGGCUGGAUUGGACUGUACCACAAGGCUGGUGGCAGCUGGAGUUGGAUCGGAGAUUCAUCGUCCGACUACAGAAACUGGGCACCGAGAGAGCCACGCGCUGCAGACUGUGGCUCUCUCAAUCCUGUCCCUAACAAGUGGAACAGCGAAGUGUGCUCCCGAGAGCUGCACUUUGUCUGCUAUGAAGACGACCUGGUGGUGGUGAAUGAGAACAAGACGUGGGAGGAAGCGAUGACGCACUGCAAGCGCAUGAAUACACCAUGUGUUGACGCCCCGGAGACCUGCAUUUACAAAAACGAGAUCCUGAACCUGGAAAAACUGCAGGACUACAGCUAUGUCAGAGACCGGAUCUACAGAGCCACGACCGAUGAGGUUUGGACGGGCCUGCGCUUCCUGGGCGGGGAGUGGUGGUGGAUGAAUGGAAAGGAGCCGCAGAGCCAGGGGAUCCUGCCGGAGUGUCCGUCCCAUCGGAACCACUGUGGGACCCUGUCAAAGUAUGACACAAACAACUGGAUCACCAGGGACUGCUCGGAGAGAAGGAACUUCCUCUGCUUCAGACGAAAAAAACCACUAAUGUAGUGGGAUUAAAGUGGGCACUGCAGUGAGAAUGUUUAGCUUUUAAAGCCUUUCAGAGCUCUGUUAUCAAAGCCUGUUUUAUCCUAUUGAUGGUUUUCUUCUAUUGAGUCGAGUUUAAUGCUAAUUUUCCUGAAUUAAAAUAAGAUGUUCAGGGCAAAAGUCCUUUUCUUUUUGCUUCUUUGUGGUGUUUCACAGAUUUUAUGUUUGUCACAGACACAUAAAAACUGUAACUUCCCCCUGCUUUCAAUUUAUAGGCCAAUAAUUAUCAUUUCUUGCUCUGCCUGAGUGCCUUUUCCAGUUAGAGAUUGUGCCAGUCCCUAUUGACUUCUGUAUUCUUCAAUAUUUAAGUUUUGUGGGGGGUUUUCCUUAAAAAAUUGAUAAAAGCUGUGAUUAUGACAUAAAUUGCAGCAGCCAAAAUUAGCUAACUUGUUAAACAAAGUUGUAAUGUAUUGUACUACACAAUAACACUAUCUUGUGAAUGUAAUAAAUAAAUCAAUAAAGACAUUGUUAAAAAAGAAA